AUGGGGGACGGCUGUUCUUUCCUGUUUGCCUCGCCCCAGGGUCUCCGUAAGCUGAGGGGACCUGUUCUCUUGCAGGGGGAGCUCUUGAGCCCCUGCCGCUGCGACGGCUCAGUGCGCUGCACGCACCAGCCCUGCCUCAUCCGCUGGAUCAGCGAGAGGGGCUCCUGGAGCUGUGAGCUCUGCUACUUCAAGUACCAGGUCCUGGCGAUCAGCACCAAGAACCCACUGCAGUGGCAGGCCAUCUCCCUGACGGUCAUCGAGAAGGUCCAGAUUGCUGCCAUAGUCCUGGGCUCGCUCUUCCUGGUUGCCAGCAUCUCCUGGCUUAUCUGGUCCUCACUCAGCCCUUCAGCCAAGUGGCAACGACAGGAUCUGCUCUUUCAGAUCUGCUACGGCAUGUAUGGCUUCAUGGAUGUCGUCUGCAUAGGCCUCAUCAUCCAUGAAGGCUCCUCUGUCUACCGCAUCUUCAAGCGCUGGCAGGCAGUGAACCAGCAGUGGAAGGUCCUAAAUUAUGACAAGACCAAGGACAUAGGAGGAGAUGCAGGGGGAGGGACGGCAGGGAAGCCGGGCCCCAGGACCUCACGGACGGGCCCCACCUCUGGGGCCACCAGCCGCCCCCCAGCUGCCCAGCGCAUGCGGACGCUCUUGCCUCAGCGCUGCGGUUAUACAAUCUUGCACCUCCUUGGGCAGCUGCGGCCACCGGAUACCCGUUCCAGCUCCCAUUCUGGCCGAGAGGUUGUCAUGAGGGUCACUACAGUCUGAACUGGACUCCAGGAGCAGGGAUCUUGAGUCAAUGCAUCAGUCAGAGAAGAGCUCUCAUGACUGCUGGAGGUACCAGCUCGACAAGGUGUUUGGGGCAUGCUGCCCCCAUUACCUAGGAUCUCUGUGGGCAGCCUCAAGCUGGAGACAUUGUCUGGCCUCACUGCCCACUGGGUAGAGACACCUGGAUGACAUUUCAGUACCCACUGGCAGCUCCUCACACUCAUCCAGAGAUGGCCGGUGGGCAGGCGGGGAGAGCAGCUUUCCUUCCCUGGAGAGAACCGUCUUUACCUCAGCUCCUAGGGCCUCCAGCCCCCUAGCUCCACCAUGGCGACUUGGUGAAGGGGGACCAAUGCCAGAAGAAAGGGGCUGUAGACCCCUAUUCCCCACCCCAUGGCCACAGGGCAUCUGGCAAUAAGACUAGUAUACAUUGACCUCCCGUUCCCUGCAUGAGGGCGGGGGACUUCCCCCUGCUCCAUCCCCCAUUGCAUGGGGGAAGGGCAUAAAGAAUCAUUUAUAUGCACGUGGAGACUCCUUUCUCAUCUGGGGCUUUUCUGGAGGGUUGGGAGGUGUGGGGAGGUUUCUCUGCACAGGUUGCAAAUCCCAAAUGCAGCAGUGGGUUCCGAGUUGUAGGUGUGACUCCCACUUGCUGGUGAAUAAUUCAUGUUGGCUGCUAGGUGGCAGCGCUCAGAGGUAUCUAAGGGGUAGACCUGAACCUGCCACCUAUGAGUUGUAUGAUUUAGAAAAAAAUCUCUUAGCUAUGGUUUUCCUGUCUACAUCAUAGGGUUGGAAUAAGGAUAAAUGAGGGACAGGUUGGAUGUCGUUGCAAAGAAAAUCAGCAAUGACAUAAAGAGAUUUCUAGACUAGUUGAUGGUUCAUUUAUUUCAAAUAGUAGCUGGUAUAACAAAUUCUAAAAUUUGUUUUUCAUCUGAAGUUGCACAGAAUCUUGGAAUUUUAUGUUGAGUGACAUAAUAGGUAUGGAAAUAUGAGGGAAAAUAGACAUUGCAAAUGUGAAGCAUGGUGAUUAUUUGUAAGAAUGAGAACUCCUCUGACUAAAUAUUUGGGCCUAUGGGCUGGGGAAGGCUGGAGCCAUCCGCCUUGUUCUGGAGAUCAUCUGGGUUCUUUUAGCCCUUCUCAAGUACUGUGCUCACCCAGAAAAGCAGUGUGGAGUGAAUUUGGACUCAUUUGGAGUGAGAUGGAGGGAACCCCCCCCCUCAGUUAUGAGUCUCCAACCCCAGUUUAAGCUAUUUCUAUGGCAGUUUAGGGUCACAGGUUUGAUCCCGGUGUGCCCAGCUAGUGGUAUUAAUGGAUGGCAUUAUGUUUGGAGGCAGCAGCAUAGAGGACUGUUGUUUAUAGAGAAAAGAUUUGGGAAAGACUGGUUAAAAUGUGGGUCAGCCUGAAGGCUGGGCACUUUCUUCUGUGACUUUGAGGUUGUGUAUUAUAUGAAUGAUGCUGUUUUUUUUAAGUAAACCAUUCAUCAGCAA